AUGGCUGCGCCCAUGAAGAUCCAGAAGAUGCUGUCGGCGAUUUUCGUCUUUGUAAUCGGAUCUUAUGGUAUCCUGGCUGAGGAUUUCUAUGAUGGACAAAGGACAUUUGAUGUUGAACACUGCCUGGAUAAUGACCAAGAAGUGCCCACAUUUACCAAGCGAGGCACUGUAGUGGUGAAGUCCGUCAAAAAUAACAGAGCCUUCCUUUCCGAGCCUGUCAACUUGUCACUGGAUGAGAAGAGAAUGCUUAAAAAUCUGGUAAGGGCCAACGACAUUUACAGAGUGCGUAUGCAAGUGAGGACCACUGGUAACUCUGAGGAGGACUAUGUAUAUUCCUACACUCAGGCAUGUGGAAUCUAUGAGUCAGAGUUGUCAGAUCAUCUAUGGAUCCAUUUUGACCAAUCAGGGGAGAUAAUUGGGUUUUCCAUAUCCACUGAUCCAGCACAGUGUCUUGGUAGCAGUGUAGACAACUCUGACUUGACUCAUUGGAAUACUACAGUAGAUAUAUCACAGACUAUCUUAGGUCCAGCACCUGACACACAAAGUUACAUUGAGAAGAUGAAGAGGGAUGAAAUGGAAAAAGCUAGAGGAUCACAAAGUGACAAUCGUUCUUUCUUCGCAAAAUAUUGGAUGUACAUUGUACCAUUUGUGCUGAUAAUGAUGUUGGCAUCCAGUGCUGAUCCACAAGCAGCUGGUGGUGGAUCAUAGUCCACAGCAUCAAAGUAAACUGACUGGAUUGGAGAACUUGAUCAGCUGAGUGGAACCGUGGAUUAGAAAUCAACAUAUCUACUGAACAAGAGGAGCUGUGGACUAGGGGAGAAGUAACAACAGAGGGCAUUACCUGUUCUAACAUAUAGAUGAAGGGGGUUGGGGCAAAAAAACAUUUAAAUAUUGGAUGAACAGGAUGAGAGGAAAUAGAUUUAAUUAAACUCAAUUACGAAAUAGAAGGAAAGGGGUUUGCUAAGAAUAGAAAGGGACAUUGAAAAGGUUUUGGGGUGUUUAAGAAAGGAAGGGGUAUUCUUCGUAUUCAGGGUUUCAAAGAAUGAGAAGGGGCAUUCUUAGGAUUUCUAAGGGGUGUUCCCAGGAUGGGGGAUUCUAAGAAUGGGAAAGUUCAGUGUUUGGUUGGAAGUGCCCAGGUUACCUGUAACAGGCUAAAAAAUAAAGAAACAUGUCUUUACCUUUGAAGUAGAUGGCUUUUAGGUAAUUAUUUUUGGAUUUCACAAUAAAUAAAGAAAUUAUGUGUUAAACUUUGUGUGUGAAACUUUGAUAUCUUAUCAGUGUUAUUAGUCCAGAUUUACAUUUUUGUCUGAUGCAUGGCUUGUCAUAUUCAUAAGCAGUCCAAAUAUUAACAUUGGCAGAUUACAAUUAAAAUGUAGAUCUAUCUGAUCAAAACACUUUUUUUCUUUAAAUAUAUAUAUGUCAGAUGACUGGAUGAACUUGAUUUAUAUCUUUAAUACUUUCAUUUUCCCAGAUUAGCUGGUAUGUUAUUGAAGGUUAAGUGUUCUAGAAAGAUGUUUUUGUUUUUGAUAUUAUGUUGUGAGUCACCACUGUCAAGGGUAAUGAAUGGAGCACCUAGUGUAGUUGUUUCUUAGUCUGAAACUGUAACUGAAACUGGGUUCAGGACGAAGUUUGAUCCAUAGUUUGAUGUAUACUGUAAGGUAAUUAAUUUUUGUGGGAGUUUUGUUUUCAUUGAUUCCAUUGGUAUUGUUAAUCCAUGAAUAUGCGUGACCAUGAAAUUCCAAAAUCAAGAUUUACGUUAAUUUCACCUCUUAUAGACUUCAAAGUGCUUCUUACCAACAAAACCAAGUACCAACCAAACAGUGAUUUCAUUUCUUUUUUUAUUCAUAUACCCAUGGAAAUCCCCAACAGUUGUCUGACUAGAAUUAUCUGUUGUGUUUGGCCUUCAUUAUAUCCAGAUGAAUUGACAUUGUCUGAUGAAUGUUAAGAAUCAAAUUAGAAUAAGUCUGUCAGAAACUUUUUAUAUAUCAGUAGGCAUUUCCUCCUGUGCAGUUUCAAACAAGUUUAUCACGCUGACAUAGUUACCUUUUCAGAGUUUGGAAAAAGCAAGUUUAAAAAAACAAUAGUACUUGUAAGGAAGGAUGGACACGGAUUAACUAAAGGGAGAUAAUUCUGUCAAACUUUGCUGGUGAAAUAUACAAUCUAUUAGGUAUCUUUCAAUAGCGUGAAAAUGAUACACAGCUCAAUUAAUAUAAACCAAAAGAUAUAGAAGUCUAGCCAGCCCAUUUAUUUAUGAAAGCACUCUCUUGUGGUCAAACUUAAUCUAGAAUAUUGCUUUUUUUUUAAUGGUGCGUGUUCAAUUAAUUUUAGUGCUAAACUGCAUCAUGUUAGCUGUGUAUCUGAUAGCAGAAAAAAAAAUGUUGUUUCUGAUCAGAAUGUUUGGAUAACUUUAAAAAGAAUGCUGUUCAUUACUAGUUUUGUUCUGUUGAUUGAAUUUAACAUUUAAGGUAGGUUUUCAGCAUCAAGCAACCAGCUACUUCGUACGUUAACAAAAUGAUACACAACCAGCUAUUUCGUACAUUGACAAAAUGAUCAUUUACUAGAGUUUCAUUUUCAUGAGUCACAGCAAGAUAAAACAGCGAUGCAUGUAUUACAGGGCAAAUUUGAUUAAACAUCCUGUAGGGAGUAUUCAUUAUUCAAUGUCGACAGGUGUACAGUAUUUUUAUUGUUAUUUUCAAUAAAGUAUUGUAUUCCAGAAAAUGUAUCCAGAUAAUUUUUUCCGAAAAUCUCUCGACUUCUGUUAGUUUUACUGUGAAAUGAUUGGUAAUGUAUUUUAUCUAAUGUGUUUACAAUAGGCAGUAUACAAGGUAUGAUAGUAAUGUAUUUGAUGUAUGAAAAGUGUUUAAAAAUUGUAUAAUAUGAAAGUGUAUAAAAAGUAUUUAUUACUAUUGUAUGUUGCAUCAAUGCUUGUUACACUUCGAUUGCACAUUCUCAAUCAUGUAUUGCAUUAAUUAAACACAAAAAUGUAGUUUGUUGUAUAAAUUUCCCAUGAAGUGUAAAAAAAAAAAGUUCCAUUUAGUACACAUUGCGAAAUGCUAUCAAGCCAUGAUAUCAGUAUUCAUAAUACUAAGUGUGAAAAUGUUUAACUAAGAUGACUGACUGAUUUGUGUCAUAAUUUAAGCUGUUUUCUAUAACUGGGAAACUCCAGUUCCAUUACACAAAGUGUGGAGAUGUUCAACUGUGAUGGUCAAUUUAUGUCAUAAUCUAAAUGUAAAUUUUUUUCUUGUAAUAAUUCAAGAAGCCACAUUGCAAGAUUUCAUUUCUAAAUAUGGAAAAUUGUUAAAUCAUUUCGUCGUUACAUCUCGUAAAAUACACUUGUAUGGGUAAUUUAGAUGUUUACAGGAUUCAAGUUGAGCGUGUGUAGCGUUAUGAUGUAAACACAUUUAAGCAGUUUUCUUAUCAAAUUUUUUAUUUUCUUUCCCCAACACAGCUGCAUUACAUUCCUAAAAUAUCCUUUCAUGAGAGAGAAAAUACUUGACUGAACCAAUCGUAUAACUGAUGAUGUAUGAAUACCUGUUCAACACUUUGACAGAAGAAGUAGAAGUAUGGUUGUCAUACUUUUAUAUUGUGCAUUAUCAGCCCUUGCUGUUAUGAAUCGAAACAGAGUGAAGUAGUGUGUGUUGGUGUGUGAAAAAAAUUGUGUUCCUUAAGAAGUUACAUGUAUGAAUCUGUGUGAACUGCAUAUAAAAUCCAGUGGCAAAGUUUGAGAUAAGUGUUGAUGAAUGACACGAGUAUUUGUUCCAAUAAAGAAGAAAAAAAUCAA